CACGCGCCGCGUGCCGCCAAAUUAAUUUAUACAUCUACUCAUUCCUCUUACCUACAUUUCCUCUUAAUUAAUCGCUAAAAAAGUGUUCGUUAUAUACAAAAUUGCGCGUUCGGAAUUUAAAAUUCCAUAAUGGCGCCCGUAGUCCAGACCUCACAAUCGUUAAUUGCUGAUUCGCUUAAAGUUCUUGUUAAGCAUAAUGGAGAUAUCAUUAAUAAACUGGUGGCUGAAGACUCUGUAAACAAAACUUGCCCUAUUGACCACCUAAAUUACACCGUUAAUAAUGAUACCGCUGAAAAUGGAAAUGGAAGCGAUAAAUCACCCGUGAAUGGCAACGGAGCUGUGGGCCUUAAGAAACCUCCAAGAAGAGUUGUCAGACCAAAAGUUUUGAAGAACUACGAAUCUAGAGAAUAUUUAUAUGAUCGGCUGUAUGACGAUACUUGUCCUCGGGUGCCAACGCCAUGCAGCGAGAAAGCGUGCCUUGGCAGUGUUAUGGCCAUCCCUGGCCGAGGGGACGUGCCAAGAGAUCCAGAGGAAGUCCUCAAAGAUGCCAAGGACUUUCUUGGCCAGUACUUUGCAUCUAUAAGAAGGGCGAACACCCCAGCCCAUGAGGCUCGUUGGAUGGCGGUCCAGGAGGAGGUGGAGAGGACCGGGACUUACCAGCUGACCACCACGGAGUUGGUGUUUGGAGCCAAGCUCGCUUGGAGGAAUGCCAGCCGGUGCAUCGGCAGGAUACAGUGGUCCAAACUCCAGGUUUUCGACUGCCGCCAAGUUACCACCACAAGCGGCAUGUUCGAGGCGCUUUGCAACCACAUGAAGUAUAGCACAAAUAAAGGAAACAUCAGAUCAGCGAUUACCGUCUUCCCACAACGCACAGACGGCAAGCACGACUACAGGAUAUGGAACAGUCAGCUGAUCAGCUACGCUGGAUACAGGCAGCCCGAUGGGACCGUUCUUGGGGACCCAAUGCAUUGCGAGUUCACCGAGCUAUGCAUAAAGCUAGGCUGGAAGCCUCCUAGAACUGCCUGGGACAUUUUGCCCCUGGUCCUAUCGGCCAAUGGGAAGGACCCGGACUACUUCGAGAUCCCCCGGGAGCUGGUGAUGGAGAUCCACAUGACCCACCCUACGUACGAUUGGUUCUCAGAGCUAGACCUUCGCUGGUACGCCUUGCCGGCCGUGUCCAACAUGCGCUUUGACUGCGGCGGCAUCGAGUUCACCGCCAACGCCUUUAACGGCUGGUACAUGAGCACCGAGAUCGGUUGCCGCAACUUCUGUGACACUAACAGGCUGAAUAUGCUCGAGAAAGUGGCCCAGAAAAUGGGCUUGGACACACGAACACCGGUCAACCUGUGGAGGGAUAAGGCUCUUGUGGAAGUUAACGUUGCGGUUCUGCACAGUUUUCAACAGCAGAAUGCCACUAUAGUAGACCAUCACACAGCUUCGGAGAGCUUCAUAAAACAUUUGGACAACGAAAACAGGCUGAGAUCUGGUUGCCCUGCUGAUUGGAUAUGGAUUGUUCCUCCAAUGUCAUCAUCAAUCACUCCAGUGUUUCAUCAAGAAAUGGCUCUAUACUACUUGAGACCGUCUUAUGAAUAUCAGGAACCAGCUUGGAAGACCCACCAGUGGCAAAAGUCAAAGCCGAUCACGGGAAAGAGGCCGAUAAACAGGAAGUUUCACUUCAAGCAGAUCGCUCGGGCUGUGAAAUUCACUUCGAAACUAUUCGGUCGAGCGCUGUCCAAGCGAAUCAAGGCGACAGUCUUGUAUGCGACUGAGACCGGAAAGUCUGAACAAUUUGCCAAAGAAUUGGGGGUGAUAUUUGGUCAUGCUUUCAAUGCACAGGUGCACUGUAUGGUGGACUAUGACAUAACAUCAAUAGAGCAUGAGGCUUUGUUGUUGGUUGUGACUUCCACAUUUGGGAAUGGUGACCCACCUGAAAAUGGCGUGGCAUUUGCGGAGCAUUUAUGCGAGAUUUUAUAUACGGAACAAGUCGGCGACGAAAACAGUGUAAAUUCGCAGAAUCUGACCCCAAAAUCUUUUAUUAAAGCCAACAGCCAAAUGGAAUUCCAAAGAUACGCUUCUGGAAAUCAGAAAAAAUUAAGUAGAUUGGAAUCCUUGAAAGGAAGUGCCACAGACGCAACAUCGAUCGACAGUUUCGGUCCCCUGAGCAACGUUCGGUUCGCUGUCUUCGCUCUUGGGUCUAGUGCGUAUCCGAAUUUCUGCAAUUUCGGCAAAUAUGUGGACAAACUGCUCGGUGACCUCGGCGGAGAGCGGAUCCAUGACGUGGCGACUGGUGACGAGAUGUGUGGCCAAGACCAGGCCUUCAGGAAGUGGGCCUCAAGCGUGUUCAACGUAGCUUGCGAGACUUUCUGUUUGGAUGACGAUGAAACUUUACAAGAAGCGAAACGGGCUCUAGGUACGGUCGCACUAAGCGAGGAAACUGUCAGGUUUACUGAAGCGGUCGGUAAACCCCCAACUUUGCCCGAGGCUUUGCAGUCGGCACUUAAUAAAAAACUAGUAACUUGCAUUGUGAAGGCUAACAAAGACCUAGGAGAUGACUCAGCGGAACGAUCAACAAUCUUCAUUGAUUUGGAUCCGAAGGAGGAAAUCAAAUACGAUCCUGGAGAUCAUGUUGGUAUAGUGGCAUGUAAUCGUAAAGAAUUGGUUGAUGGUUUGCUGGCGAGAGUGAAAGAUGUUGAUGAUUUUGAUCAAGCAUUACAACUACAGUUGAUGAAGGAGACACAUACUUCAAGCGGCCCAGUAAAAUCAUGGGAACCACAUGAAAGGCUUCCAAUUGUAAGCGUGCGUGAUCUGUUCACUCGAUUCCUAGACAUCACUACUCCGCCAACUACUAUCCUACUACAGUAUUUGGCUAAGACGUGUGAUGAUGAAGAAGAAAGGAAGCAACUCAAUCUUCUUGCUACGGAUCCCGCAGCAUAUGAAGAUUGGCGCCACUUUCACUUUCCAACUCUUACUGAGGUGUUAGAUCAAUUCCCGUCGGCAAGACCGAGUGCAUCUCUACUCGCUGCACUAUUAUCACCUCUGCAGCCAAGAUUCUAUUCCAUAUCCUCCUCGCCAAUCGCUCAUCCUAAGAGACUGCACCUAACAGUCGCCGUAGUUACAUAUAGAACACAAGAUGGCGAAGGUCCUGUCCACUAUGGUGUUUGUUCAAAUUAUCUCAUGGAUCGCAAGCCGGGAGAUCAAGUUUAUUUAUUCAUAAGGAGCGCCCCUAACUUCCACCUGCCACAAGAUUUGUCAGUGCCUCUAAUAUUAAUAGGCCCAGGGACAGGUAUCGCACCUUUCAGAGGAUUUUGGCAUCACCGAAGAGCGCUAUUGAAUUCCCGCACGCGCUCGAAUGCCGGACCAGUUUGGCUAUUCUUUGGUUGCCGGACAAAAACUAUGGACUUAUACAGUCAAGAAAAAGAACAAGCUCUUAGAGAAGGAGUCCUAUCUAAAGUAUUCCUGGCUUUGUCUAGAGAAGAGAAUAUACCAAAGAUGUAUGUUCAAGAGCUUGCUGAAAAAGAGGGAUCGGAGAUACAUGAUUUACUAAUUAAUAGGGGAGCACAUUUCUAUGUAUGCGGUGAUUGUAAAAUGGCUGAAGAUGUGCACCAAAAACUGAAAGGCAUUGUGAAGAAACAUGGAAACAUGACCGAUGAACAAGUGCAGAACUUCAUGUUUAUGUUAAAGGAGGAAAACCGCUACCACGAAGAUAUUUUCGGCAUAACGCUCCGAACAGCAGAGGUUCACAGCGCGUCUCGUGAGUCAGCCCGGAGGAACCGCGUGGCUUCCCAGCCAUGACGCCGGUCGUCUCGUUUCCGUCCCAACACGCUCACUUAGCCAACGACUAUAUUUUCAUUAAAUUUAUUACUUUCAGUUAUAAUAACAACUAUUAUUUUGAUGCUAUAACCCUCUUAUAAAAAAACUUAAAUGAAUCAAGUUUUUUUUUAACUUUCACUGAAUAACGCAACACAUAUGAUACUCAUAAGUGAAACAGUUUAUAAAUUGAGAGUGAUUGUAUCAAUAAAGUCUGAUUGCUUCUCAUUACACGAGCAGUUAAACACUGUCUCUGUUUUAUUAAAUGAUUUCACUUUAAUGGUUACAAAUCUGACAAGUUAUAAACUAAAAAUUUAAGUUAAAAUGAUUAACUUUUAUCCACAAUUAAUUUUUUAUUCAUGACCUACUUCAAAUCAGACUCUAGCUACAUACCUACAGUAAUGAAAUUAUUUAGUUCUGCUAUGACCUAAAACAGUAAAUUAAAAUAAUAUUAACACCGACUUUGACUCAUAAUAUUCAAAGUGAAUGUUAAGAAUUAUAUUUGUGGUCAAGUAAUGGACCACACCAUUCCACUGUAAAUACCCAUGAAUGAAAUAUCAUCUGGCUAAAUAAUUUCCAGUCCAACUAAUUAGUUUUCUCGAUGAAAGUACUGACACGCACAAUAGUAUUUGCGUGUGAAGAAUAACGCUGUCGAUGGGAAUUAUGUGUGGCCGAGAACAUCUUGUAAAAAAAGGAAUGAAAAAUUAAGACUUCGUCAUACUUACGGUCUGCUUUAAGCACACGUUCGUUGUUUGAUAUUCUCUUAAAAUGUCAAAGGACAUUGUAAACUUAAAUUCAAAUACAUACGUAAAUUCAAAUUUAAAUACAUUUUAAUAACAUUCUUCUAACGCUUCGCGAUAGGCUAUAUUAUAAAUUUAUACUUAAUACAUUCCCUAAGCAUUUAUGGCAGCUAUUGACCAUUGUAAUUUUAUAUUUGAUUGUGAACUUUACCAAGCAGGGUUUAAAUUUAAUAACGCACAAUUGCAUUUUGUCCUUUGGCAAAUUUUCCUUAACUUUAUCAGCCAAUUUGUCAAAGUAAUUUAUACAUCUCGAUUGCAGAGAUUUACCAAUACUAGUAGCGUUUAAGGCUAGAAUUUUAUUCAAUUUUCAUUAAAAUAAGCAUAUUAGUAUUAAACAUAACCAAGCCCACACGAAGAGUGGGAUAAGUUAGUAAAAUAUAAGGAGAAAUGGCACAAUGUUGUCCAAUUUAAUUAAGGAUAUAAUAUAUCGUUGUUUAAAUUGUUUACAAAACUUAUUACUUUUAUUUUAAAUAAAUAUAUUUUGUUAUCUUCAUAUACAACGAUGAUAAUUUUACGUUAGAAUUUAUUGCCAAAUCUUGUACAGAAUUUUGUAGUUAUACGUAUCUUGAUUAUCUCAAUAUCGUAAUAAUAUACAUAUUUUUUUCUAAUUGAUCAAAUUAAAAAGAAAACCACUUUCAUUAAAAUUGACUUUAUUAUGUUUUCAUGCUUUUUAGUCUCAACAUUAUAGAGUAAUUAAAUUCUUGUGAUUAUUUAUUUAUAUGAUAAUCAGGAUAUAUAUAAUCUAUUUAAUGCUAUUGUAAAUAAAUUGAUAAUAUGUUUCUUAUUAUAAUAUAAGCAUUUUAUUUGUUUAAGUUGCAAAAGAUGCUCGUUGUAAGGAAAAUUAAUACAUUCGAAAAUAUUUGGCGUCUAGAUGUUGGAAACGCUUAAAAACAAAUCUUUAAAUAAGUCUGAGUAUGAGCAUCUUGUAAGAAUUAAUUAGUAUUAUUAAUUAUUCGUUUAAAUAUUAUUUUUUUUUGUAAUAAAUUUAAUGUUACUAAUUCCAUAUACAAUUAUAAAAAUACUACGGUAAUAAAAUUAAUCGUAAUUUUAAUAAAUUUAAUUUCUUCAUCAUCUGUCCUUUGCAACUGUUAGUGUGAGUGUUUUGUGAUUCUGCAAUUAAUAUUUAAGAAAUGUAUUCAUAUUUUCUAUUAUUCAUGUUAUAAGAAUUUAAUAUACAAGAACUUUUUCUGAUAAAUAAUAUAAUGAUACAUAUAGUACACUUAUUAAUUGUCUUUACCAAAUAUUUACAAAUUGUGAAUUUCAUAUCUUCUAAAUUUAAUGCACAUUUUGAGACUUAAUAUUAAUAUCGAAAUUCAUAUCACGCAAAAUAUAUUACCAGCACCGUUUCAUGUAUUAAAGUCUGUUUGGAAAUGUUAAAAGGAACAAAAUAUAA